UCUUUGACUUGGACUCUCACGCAACAGAAGAAAAGAAGGGAAAAAAAAAACCCUUCAAUAAUAGCAACUCCCCUUCCCUUUCUCAAAAGAAAACAAUCUUCUUCCUCCCUGAGUCCUUAACUCUUUGAGCUGAGUUUUGUAACCUCCCCUCCGCCAGCUCUUCCUCGGCAUGGGCGUAUCCUGCCACCGCCACCACCACACCGUCGUUGCCUUCACCUUUCUCUUAUUUGCUUCUGCUUCAGUCAUCACUCUUUCUCAACUCGGCAGCGGGUUCCAGGAGAGAGAGGGUAGUAAGAAGAGAAGUGGGUCAGGGGUGUUGGACUGGUUCUUGGCUCAGAAACGACUCGGUGGCCCUGGUUCAUCACCACCUUCUUGUAGAUCCAAGUGUGGAAGUUGCUCACCUUGUAAACCGGUUCACGUGCCGAUUCAACCAGGGUUUAGUAUGCCACUUGAGUACUAUCCUGAAGCUUGGCGUUGCAAGUGUGGCAACAAGCUUUUUAUGCCCUAAAAGGAAAAGAAGAGAACAAAGCAAACACAUUAAAAUUCUAAGACCUUUUUCAAAAAAGAAGAAAAAAAAAAUUUUUAUUAGUACUUACUAUAUAUUAUUGCUAUUUUGGUAACUUACACUGUUGGUUCUUUCUAUGUUUAUAUAAUGAUUUUGCGUUUCCUGUGAGAGACAGGAAAGCUUUGGGAAUGUAAGUUAUUUGUAGGUGAGAUUACCAAGAGAGAUCUCUCUCUUUUCUUUUCUUUAGUUCUUCUUCAGCUGCUCUCUCUUUUGCGUAUGAUCUUUUUCCUUUUUCACUUGCAUUAAAGCAAGUUUGUAUGAGACAGAUUGGGAGUUAAAGACUGUAAUUAAGAUUAUGUUUUAUGAGAAACAGAAGUUGCGAGUGUAAUGUUAACUUGUAGUAUCAUGCA